GUGAGCUCGCGAACAAUAAAACUUGUGACAUCACAAUAGGCCCCCGUACGUGCCCUGUCUGACAAACACUUCCCCACACAAAUUUCCACAAAGCUUCAAACUAAAUAGAAGCAGAUUCAAACCACAGGACUCUGCGUUGUAAGACAGAUUUGGAGCUUGUUGCAAGUUUUUUGGCAGAGUUCCUGUGCUUAACAUGCCAAAGGAAGAGCAUACUUAUAAUAGUGUCAGUCUACAGUUAUCUCCUAUCCCUCUAGUACACGGUUUGAUGUCGAUCUUGUUUUCUCUCACUCAAGACAUGUCGAUCUAGUUUGGAUGAUCCUCGGAAUCCUAAUUAAAAUCGGGGAAGAAUACACCAGAGUAAAUUCGAAGAUUUCCCGAAUCAACCACUAUCUCAAGGAUUGUCAUCAGCCAUCGACGUCACCAACAACAUCGUAAGCAAAGUUCUUCUUAUUGUGUUCUUUUCAAGAUGCCUUCAUCUAAGGAGAAAGAAAUGAAGAUGGCGGGAGCUUCACCAGUGAGCUACAAAGGAAAAGAAGAUCAUAAUAUUCCCCUCGUCUUUCUGACUGUGCUCAUGGUCAUCAUCUACUGCGUAUCUCUUGUUAUUCCAAACUCCGAGCGAUGGGGUUGGUUACCAACAUCUGUAGGGAAUGCCUCUGACAUACACCCAACCGAAGUCACCCCGGCUGGUUGGGCGUUCCUUAUCUGGAUCAUCAUAUUCAUGUGGCAGAUGCUAUGGCUCAUCUACGCUCUUGUCAACCUCUGCCGUCGGAACGAACACGGUCCCAUCUACCUCAACCCACCGAUCAUCAACAUCCACUUCGUUGUCGCGUACCUGGCAAGCCUGGUCGCCAUCAUCGCCUGGUAUUUUGUCUGGACACAUCUUAUCAUCUGGGGAUCGUUGAUAGUGAUCGCUGUCAUCCCAGUGUCCGUCUGGACUUGCAUUGCUAUCCUUACUCGUGGACUCGUCUGCUACGAAGCUAACUUUUCAAGUCGAUUUGAUCUUUGGGUAUACCGUAUUCUAGUCCUCAACGGACUAGCUAUAUUCGGGACCUGGACCUCGCUCGCCACGCACAUCAACAUCGCUAUGGUCUUCAUCUACAACUUCGGCACGAGUGUCAACGUCGGCUCCACCAUCGCACUCGUCCUCCUCCUCAUCCUCGUCAGCAUGUACGCAUUCCUCGAUCUCUUCUUAUGGGAUCGCUAUCUUCGAUUCAACGUCCUUUCCUUCCCCGUGGUCAUCUGGGCAGUAUCGGCCGUCAUCGACAAGCGACAGGACGAAAUCGAUUUCAGCGUCGAUGCGAACUUUAUUAUUGCCGCCAUUUUGUUGUCCGUAGGUGUUCUUGCGUUCAUUCUAAAGAUUGUUUUACUUAUCGUUCGCUCUGUGCGAGAGAGUCAACGGCACAUCGUCUAGCACCAUGCAGACGCAGUAAAUUUUUGAUGAAUUAAGAUAAGGUAAAUUCCAAGGACUGUUUCUAAUGGUCUCUAUUACUAAAGGUGGCCAUUCUCUAGGAACUCGUAUACUCCAUUUUGUAUACAGAUCUAUAUAUUCAUUCUUCAUAUUUCGGCACGAUUGUUGAUACUGGCUUAUCUGUAUUAUCCAUGUCAAAAAGCUAGAACUUGAUUGAAAUGUUUUUUUUAUAAUGAAGUAUACGCAGCAUAUUUCACUCUAGUGUAAUGUAGACUGAUACACCACCAAGUAUUAACUUUUGACGCUUAUUGCAUGUUUUAACAUGCGUAAUGACCAAAGAGUGUCUCUCUUUUUUGUAAUGAAUGUCCUCUUUAAAAAAAAUUCUCUCCCUCUACCUCAAAUGAAAAAAAUAAAGAGAAUGACAUACUGUUUAUUCUCGAGAAUGUUCCACAAAUAAAUUAUUGUUCCAGAUCCCCUUUCACCAAACAAAAGUAACACGAUCGCACAUUUACGCCUGCUGCCCCCAAACUAAAUAGCCUG